AUGGAGCAUACCCCAGUUAGGAGAUGGUGCAGCCUAGAUGGGAGGGCAUUGGAACCAAAGUUGAGUAUCCUGCAGGUGAAAAAACUGCAUGUAUACGACUUCGAUAACACUCUUUUCCGGUCACCGAAUCCCAACGAAGCGCUCUACACUUCGCGACUCUACGGUAGUGUAAUGCAGCCAGACACUCCGCAGAACGUUGGGGGAUGGUGGGACAAUCCGUAUCCGUUAGAAGUUGCAGCAAAAUUACUGGAGAGCUCAGAUGAUCCCUAUCUGUAUUGGAAUAAGCGUAUGUUGAAUUUGGCUGCGUUAUCCAAUUCCUCGCCAGAUACGUUAUCCAUUAUACUGACAGGAAGGAAAGAGAACCGUUUCAAAGAUGUGUUUCAGGAUAUUCUGGCGAUAACACUGGAUAAAUUCCCUGAGUUGGAAAUAAGUUUAAGAUUCAACGCUGUAUGUUUGAAGAAGUUUAGGAAACUUGAUAAGAAACGUGACAUUAAGACUCUAUCCACGCUCAAAUAUAAGACAGACCUGCUGGAAGAUUUUUUGAAGACGUACCACAAGAUAGAGGAAGUUACGAUUUACGACGAUCGGAUUAAUCAGGUCAAUUCAUUCAAAAGCUUUUUCAGUAAGAACGCAAACAAGAAGAAAUGGCCCCAAUUGAAACAGUGGUUUAUCGUCCCCGUACCGCCUGAAUGCAGUUUCCUACCUGUCCCAUUGGAGGUUAAGUUUAUUCAGUAUCUUAUUAGUGAGCACAACAAAUCUUUGACAAAUACGCGGAAAGAAAAGAGGUACUCCCUUCUUUGGACGCAUAAGCGACUGGCGUAUGGCCUCCGAUUACGAGACCAGAUAUCCUUGUUGAGUGAGACGGUGGCUCACCUUAAGAACACCGUGUACAAAAACGGUCAAGACCUUCAGAUCAAAAACUUGGCCAAUAAAUCUCUGUCGAUCCCCAUCACAAAACUUCGUGAGUUUAUUUGGAAGCAACAUAUCAAUGAUUGGAAGGGCAAUCUUAAAUUAAAUGGUGGGAAAGAUAUCUCUGCGUUUCUUACCAUCUUGCAAAAAUUCUACGACAAUCCCUCCUUGACAUUUGAGUUCGAUUUCUGUUUGCAUGAGAUUGGGAUCGAGACUCUAGACGUGGUUGACAACGAUGGCCCAGUGAGUUUGAACCUAUACUUAUCGAUGACCCCCACGGGCAAGAACAAGGAAAGCUUCUACACGGUGUUCAACCGGUACUUGGUUUUACCGCCCAUUGACACGAUCGCGACGCCGGUAGUUCGCAAUGUCAACGCUAUUAUCAACGAGAUUCCUGAGAAUCCUGACAUCGUAUGGAAGCGGUACACUGGUCCACCGAUCAAAAUCACGACCACGUUGCAAGCUACGGCUCAGAUGUCUACGUAUAUCAUACGAGAUCGUUAG